AUGAAUAUCGUAGAAUGGGCCUUCGGAAAGCGCAUGACGCCGGCGGAGCGGCUGCGCAAACACCAGCGUGCACUCGAGAAGACGCAACGAGAGCUAGACCGUGAGCGCGUGAAGCUCGAGAACCAGGAAAAGAAGCUGGUUGCAGACAUCAAGAAGAGCGCCAAAAAUGGCCAAAUGGGCCCAUUGCGGAUACAGGCAAAGGACUUGGUGCGGACACGACGCUAUAUCCAGAAGUUCUACCAGAUGCGCACACAACUACAGGCGAUUUCGUUGAGGAUCCAGACGGUUCGCAGCAAUGAGCAGAUGAUGCAGUCUAUGAAGGGCGCCACGACACUGCUUGGAAGCAUGAACAGGCAGAUGAACCUCCCUGCGCUUCAGCGUAUCGCCAUGGAAUUCGAAAAAGAGAAUGACAUCAUGGAUCAACGACAGGAGAUGAUGGAUGACGCCAUCGACGAUGCCACGGGCAUGGAAGACGAAGAGGAGAGCGAGGACGUAGUCAACCAAGUUUUGGACGAGAUAGGCAUUGAUCUAGGCCAGGCUCUUGGCGAAACACCCAGUGGCCUGCAAAAGAAUACAGUCCCUGAAACUAGGGUGGCACAGGCCGUUGGCGGAGGAGGUGCUGACCCCGACGACGAUGAUCUUCAGGCUCGGCUGGACAGUCUGAGGAGGUGA